AUGUUUGGUGGUAAUACGGUACAGUCGGUCUUUCAUAUUGCUCAGGCGAUGUGACAUACAGACAGACGGAGCCCACUAGUUCAGUGCGCUUUGUGGUCGCAGACGUUCAUCUCUAAGAAUCGGGUCAUGAUAACACAGCCAGGAUGAGUUCUGCAGAAGAUGUUAUAAUGGCGAUUCCACGAGAGCUCACACAAAACCCACUGCGUAAAAUAUGGAUGCCAUGCAAGAACGGGCUACCGGAAAAACAUAUAUCUCAAAAGAGAGUGUGCAUGACCAACUGUCCCACCCUCAUUGUGACUGUGGGCUUACCAGCCAGAGGAAAAACGUACAUCUCUAAAAAACUCACACGCUACCUCAACUGGAUUGGUGUUCCAACAAAAGAAUUCAACGUGGGACAGUAUCGGAGGGAAUGUAUAAAAAUCUACAAGAACUUUGAGUUCUUUCGGCCAGAUAACGAAGAAGGGCUGAAGAUAAGAAAGCAGUGUGCUUUGGCAGCACUCAAUGACGUCAGGCAGUACCUCAGUGUUGAGGGAGGCCAGGUUGCUGUGUUUGAUGCCACAAACACAACCAGAGAAAGGAGGAACACAAUCAUGAGAUUUGGCGAACAAAAUGGCUAUAAGAUUUUUUUUGUGGAGUCUGUGUGUGAAGACCCCACGAUUAUUGCUGAAAACAUUGUGCAGGUGAAGUUGGGUAGUCCAGAUUACACCGACUGUAACACUGAAGAAGCCAUCCAAGACUUUAUGAAGAGGAUCAAAUGCUAUGAGAACAGUUACCAGCCGCUGGAUGAAAACUUAGACAGAGAAUUGUCAUAUAUUAAAAUAAUGGAGGUGGGCCAGCGAUAUUUGGUGAAUCGUGUGCUUGACCACAUUCAGAGCCGAAUCGUUUAUUAUCUGAUGAACAUUCACAUCACACCACGCUCCAUCUACCUCACUCGCCACGGAGAGAGUGUUUUGAACGUCAAUGGUCGCAUCGGAGGAGACUCAGGCCUGUCGCCUCGUGGAAAAGAGUAUGCUGAGUGUCUGGGCAAGUUUAUUCAGGAUCAGAACAUAAAGGAUCUCAAAGUUUGGACCAGUCAGAUGAAAAGAACCAUUCAAACCGCCGAGGCAUUGGGUGUCCCCUAUGAACAAUGGAAAGCACUUAAUGAGAUUGAUGCUGGCGUGUGUGAAGAGAUGAUGUAUGAAGAGAUCCAAAAACAUUUUCCUCUGGAGUUUGCCUUGAGGGACCAGGAUAAAUAUCGCUAUCGUUACCCUAAGGGAGAGUCUUAUGAGGAUCUGGUCCAGAGAUUGGAGCCUGUCAUCAUGGAGCUGGAGCGACAGGAGAACGUUUUGGUUAUUUGUCACCAGGCUGUUAUGCGCUGUCUGCUUGCUUACUUCCUGGACAAGAGUGCAGGGGAGCUGCCGUACCUGAAAUGUCCCCUACACACAGUCCUGAAGCUUACCCCUGUGGCCUAUGGCUGUAAAGUGGAGUCAAUCAGUCUUAACGUGGAGGCAGUAAACACUCACAGGGACAAACCUGAGAAUGUGGACAUCUCCCGUUUGGCAGAAGAGGCCCUUCUCACUGUGCCUGCUCACUACUGAUCUAUGACUUCACAUCCUGUACUUCAGCAACACUCCCAUCAGUCUGUUCCAUCCACUCCUCUCUUCAGUUUCUGUGUGUUCAGGAACAUUUGGCAGAAUAUGCAUAUUUCUAUGUUCUCUCUCUAUUGUCAGAUAGGUAACUGGAAUCCAGUUAUUAUUGUAUACUAACCCUAAUUUUGGGGUGCGAGUCGGUUUGUGUUUGCGAUUGAGGUUUGCAAAAAGCAGAUCUGAAAGAGAUACAAUUUCCUGAAUAGUUGUCUUUUUGUCUUUUUCUUUUUUUAUGCUGAAAAUAACUUUUUUCAGGUGGGAUUGAAUAAUUGUAGCCUUCCGCCCAUUGGUCAGUGUUUUAAACAUUGGCAAAAUAUUACAGCUCGUUCAUACAGGGAGUUGUUUAUAGUUUAGCUGUCAUUCAACACUAAAUGUUACCAGUUGAAAUACAUGUAACUGGUUUUGAAAAAUAACAGCAGAAUUAUCAGUGUACUUUGUGCAGUUUUUUGAGUCCACCUAGAUAUUGCAAUCAAUGAAAAGCAUUGAUUCAUGAAGCAUUCUGAAUGAUACAAAUAUUUAAAAUUCUGCAAAAGCCAAAUACAAUGUUUACAAGUCUUGUUUAAGCCUUGUUAAAAUAGCAGGCUUUAUUUGCACACGAAUCAUUCUUAAGCAUACUUUCCUAAAUCGUAUUUUUUAAAUUGAUUUGUUUAAAUUUACUUAAUUUUUUGCAUGUUUACUCUUUCAAAUAUUGUAUACUAAAUUAAGAGUGAAUGUUUUCAUCUCUAUUUUUGUUACUGUUAAGUAAUGGGACUUUUUGGGAUUAUGAUUUGAACAGCACUUUUAGAACAGAGUGGAAGGAGCUCUGUGAAUCAUUUCUAUAGGUCUUCCCUGUGAAUAGUUGAGCUAUGCUAAUGUUUGAAGCUCAGCUCUCAGUUAGACACACAAUGUAAAAAGUUUUCCAAGGACCAUCAAUAAACCUUA